AUUAUAAUAAUAAUAAUAAUAAUAAUAAUAAUUAUAAUAAUAAUAAUAAUAAUAAUAAUAAUAAUAAUAAUAAUAAUAAUAAUAAUAAUAAUAAUAAUAAUAAUAAUAAUAAUAAUAAUAAUAAUAAUAAUAAUAAUAAUAAUAAUAAUAAUAAUAAUAAUAAUAAUAAUAAUAAUAAUAAUAAUAAUAAUAAUAAUAAUAAUAAUAAUAAUAAUAAUAAUAAUAAUAAUAAUAAUAAUAAUAAUAAUAAUAAUAAUAAUAAUAAUAAUAAUAAUAAUAAUUAUAAUAAUAAUAAUAAUAAUAAUAAUAAUAAUUAUAAUAAUAAUAAUAAUUAUAAUAAUAAUAAUAAUAAUAAUAAUAAUAAUAAUAAUAAUAAUAAUAAUAAUAAUAAUAAUAAUAAUAAUAAUAAUAAUAAUAAUAAUAAUAAUAAUAAUAAUAAUAAUAAUAAUAAUAAUAAUAAUAAUAAUAAUAAUAAUAAUAAUAAUAAUAAUAAUAAUAAUAAUAAUAAUAAUAAUAAUAAUAAUAAUAAUAAUAAUAAUAAUAAUAAUAAUAAUAAUAAUAAUAAUAAUAAUAAUAAUAAUAAUAAUAAUAAUAAUAAUAAUAAUAAUAAUAAUAAUAAUAAUAAUAAUAAUAAUAAUAAUAAUAAUAAUAAUAAUAAUAAUAAUAAUAAUAAUAAUAAUAAUAAUAAUAAUAAUAAUAAUAAUAAUAAUAAUAAUAAUAAUAAUAAUAAUAAUAAUAAUAAUAAUAAUAAUAAUAAUAAUAAUAAUAAUAAUAAUAAUAAUAAUAAUAAUAAUAAUAAUAAUAAUAAUAAUAAUAAUAAUAAUAAUAAUAAUAAUAAUAAUAAUAAUAAUAAUAAUAAUAAUAAUAAUAAUAAUAAUAAUAAUAAUAAUAAUAAUAAUAAUAAUAAUAAUAAUAAUAAUAAUAAUAAUAAUAAUAAUAAUAAUAAUAAUAAUAAUAAUAAUAAUAAUAAUAAUAAUAAUAAUAAUAAUAAUAAUAAUAAUAAUAAUAAUAAUAAUAAUAAUAAUAAUAAUAAUAAUAAUAAUAAUAAUAAUAAUAAUAAUAAUAAUAAUAAUAAUAAUAAUAAUAAUAAUAAUAAUAAUAAUAAUAAUAAUAAUAAUAAUAAUAAUAAUAAUAAUAAUAAUAAUAAUAAUAAUAAUAAUAAUAAUAAUAAUAAUAAUAAUAAUAAUAAUAAUAAUAAUAAUAAUAAUAAUAAUAAUAAUAAUAAUAAUAAUAAUAAUAAUAAUAAUAAUAAUAAUAAUAAUAAUAAUAAUAAUAAUAAUAAUAAUAAUAAUAAUAAUAAUAAUAAUAAUAAUAAUAAUAAUAAUAAUAAUAAUAAUAAUAAUAAUAAUAAUAAUAAUAAUAAUAAUAAUAAUAAUAAUAAUAAUAAUAAUAAUAAUAAUAAUAAUAAUAAUAAUAAUAAUAAUAAUAAUAAUAAUAAUAAUAAUAAUAAUAAUAGUCGACCAUAA